AUGAGUGUUUCGGAACUUGAAGAUAUCCUCUUUUUUGAAGAUGCCGACACACUGGCUUUCAUUGACCCCCCGUCCUACAAACCAGCCUGGUCCUUGCAGCCCAGUUGUGCCCAGUCUAUCGGCCAUAGAAUUCAUAGCUGGAAGCUGUUGGGAACAGGUUCUGAAAUACUCAAACAGUUCUUCGAUCCAAAAUUACAAGAGCGAAACAUCAAGCAUCGUGGAGGACUACCCGAGGGAAUAAAGUACAUAAUUGACCUCACUCCUCCCUCGACAGAGGAUGAUGCAGUCCUCCACUUGACCGAGUUAUCCUGCCCGCUUGGUAUCAGGACAUGGGCUGACGCGCGGGAUCGCUGGCAUCUCCCUCCCCAGUGUGUUUCUGGGGUAGAUAUACAUUCAUCUGAUGGUGACGGCGACGAUAAAGACCAUUCUGGCUAUCCAGCCGAGUACUCGCCCGCGAGGCACCGUGCGGGUAUUGUCCACGUCCUGCAGGUGUUGGAAGGACUUAAUCCAACACUCGAUACCCCAUGCAAACUCUGGACAUUCUUUGCUGUCGCAAAGCUGUACGAAAUUUCAACCCGGACGGAUAUCAGCAUGCGAGUUACGUUGUGGAUGUAUGAAGGUGAGAACAAACGUUUUAUUGAGCUUCAUCCGGAAAUCGCCUAUCGACUCGCGAAGGGAAUUCAGUGUGACUACCUUCUACAAGACGCAUUUUGCGUUCUAGUUGGAGAAGAGGCAUUGCUCCUUCUGCGCAACUCCAGGACUCCCAUUCCCAAGCAACAACAGACUACCACUGUCCAUGGACGACCUCGAGAAAUGUUGGACGACGAUGAUGUGCAGCGAGUGCAAUAUGCUGGUGAAUUAUUUUUGGGUCGUAUCUUUGAGAAAUUCGUCGAACUAGCCGGGGCCGAUAUGCACUGGAUGAAGAGUUUACAUCAGUUUCGACGAGUUUUUUACUCGCCGUAUGGUCCGCCAGAGGGGGAAAUAGUGGAAGACCUCAUCGCGGCCUUGAAAGACUGGGUGCGGGCUACUAUUUUCAUGGUACUUUCUCUGGAGUCCAUAAGUUGGCUCUCAAACAAAUGCAAACUUGAGCCGAGCGGGGAUUACCCUACAAGGGACUAUCUGAACGCCUACAGCUCCAUGCCUUUCAUGGCGCACAUAAUGACAAGAACAUUCUGGGUGAUUCUCAGUGAAAGAAAGCUUGACGAACACGAUGGUGAAAAGGAUAUUGGUCCACCUAGAGACUGUUCCCUUGCUAAGAUGGGUGGAUACAUGGGUGCCUUUCGAGAUCAGCACAACGCACUUGUCAGAUAUGUAACAGUUGCAGAGCUGCGUCGCAAGAUGCGGGCAUUCAAUGGUCUUUGCGGCCUUUUUCCGGCUGCAGAGCCAAACGACCGGGCUGGCAACCAUGCGACCCAACCUGACGGGGACGAAUUCGUGUCCGAGGGAUAUUUCUCGCUGUCCACAUUUGUCAUAGAAGUUCAGCAAUACAUUUCAGCAUUUGCCAGGGAAAUGAUAGCGCCCGGUCGACCUGUGAUGUCCUACGACCUAACGGAUACCCUCACACUUCUUACAGAAAACGAGUACAGAUUCCUUCCUUUAUGGGCCGGAGGCUGUGAUGAUGGCUCCGGAGGGGUCUACGCAGACCAGAUACCACUUGCCGAAACAGACGGGUUUUCUGCUCCAGGACCCUCUAUUCAUACCGGGAGUGCUGCACCAUCAACUGCCCCAUCUGUUAUGUCACUUCUCGAGAGCACAGUCCAUGGCGCAUCGCAUAGAGCCACUGAGGGCUUUGCAAGUGAAGUCGUAUCCAUCAACUCAGAAGUCAUGUCAGAGACAGGCAACGCGAAUGUAGUCGACCCUUCAGAUUUCCAGAAGGUCGAUGAUGAGCUUUCCUUUGCGUUGGACUCAUCUGCAGAUGACGUCGACGAUGUCUCAUUUGACAGCGACAGCGAUAGUGACGAUACUGUUGUUAUUGACCAUGCCGAUAUCACUGAGUUCAGUGAAUUCGAAGAGAUGGACCUGGACGAGGGCAAGGUGCAGAAUAUUCUAAUAAGGGGGAAGAGAGCGGCUGCAUGA